AUGGAAGAGGAACCAAGCACGACACCCGGCUCCGGCGGCAGGACAUUGGAGGAAUGUGAAGAUAUGAUUCGACGGAGUUUCCGGACUCCAAUGGUGAAAUUUUUGAGGGAGCAUAUGGAGAAAGCAGGGUGUGGAGUUAGUGAAAAUUUCUUCAAAGCUGUUAAAUGUGAUAAGAAGAUUGCUGGUGGUUAUGUUCGUGGUGAAGGGAUAAUUGUGUGUAGUAAUCACAUGAACUUUCAAGAUGAUGUAAACCAAGUUGUUACACAUGAGCUGAUUCAUGCUUAUGAUGACUGCCGGGCUGUGAACUUGGACUGGGCUGAUUGUGCUCAUCAUGCCUGUAGUGAGAUUCGUGCUGGCCAUUUAAGUGGUGAUUGCCAUUACAAACGGGAACUGCUGCGGGGUUUUAUGAAAUUAAGAGGCCAUGAGCAGAUGGAAGUUGGAGUCUUACUAAAACGCAAUCCAUUAGAGUUCAGUGCUGCAGGACAUCACUUGCUAAGUUUGAAGAAUAUGUGA